AUGCGGUUGUUGUGCGAGGAACUGGCCGGGGAAUUAGAAGCGGAGCGAGCGACGGGACGGCCGGUGGAGCGGAAAGUGUUGUGUGCGCUGCGCUUCUUUGCCACCGGGAGCUUCCAAGCGUCCCUGGGGAGCGAGGAGACAAUCCGUGUGUCGCAGUCGAUGGUCAGCGAGUGCGUGCGACGGGUGGCAGAUGCUGUCGUGAACACAGGGGCCCGCAACAAGUGGGUCCAUUUUCCAAAGACGGCCGAGGAAAAGGCAGCCGUGAAGGAGGGUUCCCUUCGGCGCGGCGCUAUCCCCGGCGUCAUCGGAUGCAUCGACGGCAGCCUCAUAGCCAUUAUCGCACCUAAGGGGAAGCGCAAGGCUGCAUUCAUGUGCCGCAAGGGAUACUACGCCCUCAACUGCAUGUUUGUAAGUGACAGUGGCUACCCCUUGGAGCCGUGGCUCCUGACCCCAGUUCCUGGCCAUCCUCCAGUGCAGACAGCCGACGCGCAGUACAACACAGCACAUGCCGUCAUGCGUUCCGCAGUGGAGAGGUGCAUUGGGCUCUUAAAGAGCCGUUUCCGCUGUCUUCAGCGAUAUCGCACCCUCCUCUACGAGCCGGAACGUGCAGCCAACAUUGUCGCGGCAUGUGCGGUGUUGCACGAUCUUCGCCUUUCUGAAGGCGACAUAGAAUCAGGCGACGAGAGCGAUGACGAAAGCAGCAGCGGUAGUAGUAGUGAGCUCGACGGUAACGGCGACCCCAUUCCGCACGGUCUGCCCCGUAACAUGGGGUCUAGAAUGCAUUAUUUGAGGGGGCGGGCUGUUCGUGAAACUGUGAUAGGCAUGUUUGGCACAACCCGUGCGCAGCACAUGCGUUACCUGAGGAGUGUGCGGCGGCAGCUGCGACAUCAACAGCAGCGUCAGCAUCGCUAG